AGUCUCCGCUAUCAGCGGUAGUCGCAGCGCUCUCAUUAAACCACAGUCCGCAUCUCUAACACGCCGGCCGUCGCCACACACUUCGCAGGGUGUCAUAAGCUUCUUCAAUCUCAAAUUAUUAUAAUUCGUCGUUCCGUCAAGUCUGCGGCUCCUUACCAGCUACUGGAAUGAAGGAAGACCUGGUGAAAUUUAUAAUGGUGCUGGUCGUGGCCGCCCCUACACUGGGCGUGGAGGUGCAGCUGGCAGACGGCAGCCGCCUCCUGGGCGUCACCAGCUUCUCCUCCAGGACCCGACGGCCUAUCCACGAGUUCCGCGGCGUGCCCUUUGCCAGGGCGCCAGGGGGCUCACACCGCUUCCAGCUGCCACGUCCAGUGGAACCACUGGGAGAGUUCAACGCCAACUGGUUCGGCCCGCUGUGUCCGCAGGCGCUAUCGUCGCGGGAGAUGGAGAUCCCGUGGUUCACGUGGCCGGACGCAGGCACGCUCGCGGCCGUGCGCAACCUCUCUGCCGCCGAAGACCCUGAGGACUGCCUGCACCUCAACGUCUACACUCCAAAGGUGGACAGCUCCGCCCGCCUGCCCGUGUUUGUGUUCGUGCACGGAGGCUCCUUCACGGUGGGGUCGUCGCUCGUGGCGCGGCCUGGCUUCCUGCUCGACCACGACAUGGUCAUGGUCGUGCCUGAAUAUCGACUCGGUGCCCUGGGGUUCCUGUUCCUGGAGACAGAGGACGCUCCAGGCAACCUGGCGCUGUGGGACGUGGUGGAGGCCCUCCGCUGGACGCAGAAGAACGUGGCCGUGUUCGGGGGAGACCCCUCCAAGGUGACGCUGGGCGGCAACAGCGCCGGCGGCGCACUCUCUGAGCUGCUGGCCAUCAGCCCAGUGGCAGACGGACUCUUCCAACAGGUGAUAACGGUGAGCGGCACGGCGCAUGCGCCGUGGUCGCUGGUGGCGGGGCACAGGGCGUCGGCGGCGGCGCGGCGCGUCGCGGCGUUCGCCGGCUGCAACUCCUCCUACGCCGCCCCCGCUGUCGUCGCCUGUCUGCGCAACAGGACGCUCAACAACAUCACCAUAGCCUACCGCCAGCUCUGCGCAGCGGACUCGUCCGAGUGCUCUGCGGCGGCUGCCGCGGUGGUGCAGGGUUCGUGGCUGUCUGUGCCGCUGCUCGAGAGGCGACCCGUCGACGCAUGCGAGGCCGGCGCCGGCUACAAGCCGCGGCCCGCGCUGGGCGGCGUCACCAAGCACGACGGCUACUACUUUGCUCGUGAUGUGGAAAAGAUGGGAGCAGAUACGACAACACCAGGCGGCCUCCGUCUCUACCUGGAGUAUUAUUUCCGCAAAGCAUUCAAUGUGGACUACAACCCCGUCAUCUCCAGCGCAAUGCGCGAGGUCUUUUUCAAGCCUCAGGGACAAAACAAGACUGCCAACUUGACCAUCAGUCUUACAGACUUCAUUGGUGCUACGCAAUUCAAGGGACCCCUGAUGACGUCAGCGGAUUGCAACACGCUGCAUGGCGGCAAGAGCUACCUGUACACGUACAGCCACCGCUCCAGUUUCAGCGUACCAGCCAUUGAACAUGCGAUGGACUUGGUGUACCUCUUCCCUAGACUGGACUACAAUCUUACAAAAGAUGAGGACAAAGUUUCCCAGAGGAUGGUGCACCUGUUUGCUAAUUUCAUUAUUUAUGGGGACCCAUCAUCCAACAAGAGCAAAGUAGACAACGUCCCCACGUGGAAGUCAUACACGCCAGAGCGACAGGAGUUCCUGCGCAUUGACUGGCCGUUCCGGGCUGAGGAGCAAUUCGAGAGAGAGUUCACCGUGACCCUCAGGGAGGGUCUGAACGCUGCAGCACUGCGCCUGACCAGUCCUUUGCUCGUGGGUCUCGGGGCUGCUGUUGCCGCCGUUACACGGCUACACAGCUUCUAAACAGCUGCCAGACAUUCGCUGAACAGUAACUGAUUGGCAACUGAACGCUAAAUGAACAGUGGCUGGACACUAAGAGUGGUUGAACAGUAACUGGAAAGUGGCUGAACAGUGUUUGGAAGCGGCUGAACACUAUGUGGAAGGUGGCUGAACAGUAACUGAACAGAGGCUAAACAUUAACUGAACAGCAGCAGUACGUAACUGAUCGGUGGCUGAACCUAUGUACUUUUCUGUUAUCGUCAUUCAAAUACUAGCCUCAUCGCUUGUCUGAAUUCUGCGAGAGGGACUUCAGAUUCCACAAACCAGAAUGUAUGCAUCAGUGCAUCCCAUUUGACAUCCAUGUCACUUCACUUUUGUGAACGUGAUUAUCGAUCUGUCACAAAAACCUGGUUUCCUGUCUGACAGGUACUACUUGAUGUAUCCAGAGGUCUCACCAACUCAACUUGUCACGUCACCACCUAGAAUAUUUCAUCAAUGCAGUUUUCAUCAACUAAUAUUGUUAUUGAGUUCUUUAACCCUUUACCAAGUUCUCCUUCCUUGAUCCAAUCGGAAGCCCACUUUAGAUUAAUCAAAGAUAAGAAUCUAAUCACUGCAACAGAAUACGUAAUCAUAAUUGUUGUGUACUGGAGUGCUACAGCGAAAUAUAGUGAGCUGAAAUUCAGUUCAUCUGGUAACCGCAGCAUCAUACAACCUAUUACUGAAUUUUCUACACGAAAUAUAACAUAGUUAACAGCCUACGUCUGGACUGGACGCAAAUUUACGCUUCUUCACAGAUGUGAUAUUCUAGUGUUUAACUGGCUGGGAAGGUGCAAGUUUCUAAAACAUGCCUUAGCUGCAAGUACUAUAGAUCGAAAAUGAGAAUAAAUGGGACAGAUAUUUGCGUAUUUUUA